AUGAAUUACUUCCCAGUUAGUCACGACAUUCAAAAAGAAAAUCUUCACGUAAUUACAUUCUUAAUGCUAUUAGUAUGCUUGGGCCGUAACGUAGCUUGCAGAGAAUAUUAUGGAAUUCGUGUUCCACCACCUGUAACUGCCAUUCCAGAAGCUGACAAGUUGACUAAGAUGUCAAACAUCCGAUCAGAAAUUGAGUGCUUUGCUCUUUGUAUGAUAUAUUCCGAAUGUGGUAUGAUUAUUUACAGCGUUUCCGACAACGUAUGUAUCCUGCGUAAAAUCAAGCAACUACCUGGUGCAACAUCAUUCAUUGACAUUCCUGCAAACAGUAUUUACAUCCUACUACAAGCUCCUGAAUGUCCUACGUCAGCCGGCUACACUUACCAACCAGAAUUGAGAUUAUGUUAUCAAAUAGGUUCGACGACAAUUACAUGGAAUCAAGCUGCAGACAAUUGCAAUAAGGAUCGAGGACAACUUAUACACGUUAAAAAUUCCGAAGUAAUGAACUAUCUACAAACCAUUCGAAUAGAACGUUGA